ACAGCCUCUGUUUUGCCCGCGUGUUCGUCGACGCGCUGGUGCAUUAUACCUGCACAGGAGUUGCUCAAGAGACAGCUCUAACAGCUCACAAGAGCUGCACGCAGCGCGAGGCAACGCCGUCGCGCAGCAGCAAAGCAAGGAACAAAUGCGCUGGCUCCUAGGGUCAGCCUUCCUGCUCAAGAUGUCCCUCUUAGCACGAGGUGGCUUGCGCGUGACCGGCGCGCGGCCCGUCAUGUCCCGCCAGACGUCGAGGAUGUCGAGCAUCGCGCUCACCACCAAACGCGCCGCGCCCGUCGCGCUGCUCGGUGGCACCUUCCUAGCUACUGGGAGAGAAGCGUUACGAGGCUGGCGCACUUUGAGACGCCCUAGAUGGGGGUUCAAAGCACAAAAAAUGACCUCGACGCUCACACCGCCUUCAUCGACCGAAGCGCCCCAACACGAGGCCUUCACCUUACUAAAGACGGAGACGCUCGACGAGUACGGCGCGACCUGCCACCUCUACGAGCACAAGAAGUCCAAGGCCCAAGUUUUGUCCGUCAUCAAGCCCGACGACGACAACAAGGUCUUCGGCGUGACAUUUCGCACGCCGCCCCGCGACAGUACGGGUUUACCUCAUAUCUUGGAGCAUUCCGUGCUGUGUGGUUCGAGGCAGUACCCCACCAAAGAACCCUUCGUCGAACUGCUCAAAGGUAGUCUGCAGACCUUCUUAAACGCCUUUACGUAUCCGGAUAGGACGUGCUACCCCGUCGCUUCCCAGAACUUGGAGGACUUCCGGAAUUUAGCGAGAGUGUAUUUAGAUGCGGUCUUCCACCCUCGAGCGGCGCAAGACCCGACGGUCCUCGAACAGGAGGGCUGGCACUACGAACUUGAGGGAGACAAAUUAACAUACAGUGGAGUCGUGUACAACGAGAUGAAAGGAGUUUAUAGCUCGCCGGACUCGUUGAUGGCUCGGGCCUCGCAGCAGGCCCUGUUCCCGGACAACGCUUAUGCUGUGGAUUCGGGAGGCGACCCCGCGGCGAUCCCGCAACUAGGUUUCGAUCAAUUCCGUGACUUCCACGGCGAGUUCUACCACCCCGGGAACGCUCGCGUGUAUUUUUACGGGGACGACGAUCCCGCGGCGCGCUUGGAUCUGUUGGAGGAGUACCUAUCAGAGUUCUCGGAGCGCGACAUUUCCACGCAGAUCAAAACGCAGAAACUAACCAUCAAGGAGCCGAAGCACGUGAAAUUGGGCUUCCCCGCGUCGUCCAGUGACGACGAGGAGGGCGGCCAGCACAUGGUGUCCGUGAACUGGCUGCUGACGGAGACCCCACCGUCGCCGAAGGACGAACUCGGGUUGGCCGUCCUGGACCAUUUGUUGCUGGGCACCUCUACCAGUCGCUUACGGAAGGCCUUAACUGAUAGCGGAUUGGGUGAGAGCGUCGUCGGUGGUGGGUUGUCUGAUGAGUUGGUCCAGCCGACGUAUUCCGUAGGAUUGAAGGGCGUGGCCAAGGACGACGUCCCGAAGGUCGAAGCGUUAGUUGUAGACACUCUAUCGACCUUAGCGUCCGAGGGCUUCGCGGCCGACGACUUGGAGGCCUCGCUCAACACGAUCGAGUUUAGUCUGAGGGAGUUCAACACGGGCUCGUUCCCCAAAGGUCUAUCCUUCAUGCUCGGCAUGAUGCGGAACUGGAUUUAUGAAAGGGAUCCGGUGGACGCGCUGCGCUUCGAGCAGCCUCUUGCUGAUUUGAAAAAGGAGCUGUCUGUAGAUGCGAACGCCUACUUCGCGCGUUUACUGAAGACAUUGCUCGUGGACAACACGCACCGCGUGACCAUCGAGAUGACGCCCGACGAGGGCCUCGAGGAGUCGCAGAAGCAGGAGGAGGCGUCGCGACUCGCGGCGCUGCGCGACGAGAUGUCUCCGGACCAGCUCGACGCCGUAGCAAAGAAGGCGGCGCGCCUCAAGGAGAUCCAGUCGACGCCCGACUCUCCGGAGGCACUGGCGACGAUCCCUUCCCUAGGAUUGAAGGAUCUAUCGUCUGAGCCGCAAACCUUGCCUCGCGACGAGUCUACGGUCGCUGGCUAUGACAAUACGGUGUUACUCACCAGAGAAUUGCCUACGGCCGGUAUCAUCUACGCUGAUGUUGCGCUGGAUUUGAGAGGUGCAUUGGACCCGGAGGACUUACCGCUCGUACCGCUAUUUGGUCGGAUGAUGCAGGAGACGGGUAUUAAGGGUAAGCUCGAUCCCACACAACUACAGAGGCAGCUCGGCGCGAAGACCGGCGGCGUCGGCGGGAGCGUGUUGUGCACGCUGAGAGUGCCGGAGGACGGCACCGUGGCCCAGCCGGACGAUAUCGUGUACCGAUACAUCCUGAGGGGCAAGGCGACGCAUGAACGCGCCUCGGAUUUAUUCUCGCUGAUGGGUGAUAUUCUUACAAACGCAGACUUCGGCUAUUCCCAAACUCGGGUUGUGGAGAUGCUCAAGGAGUCGAAAGCUAGAUAUGAGUCCGCAUUCAGGACGUCGGGCCAGGCCUACGCUUCCCUACGGAUCUCUGCCGGCCUGAACUCCGCGGGAUUGGUGAACGAGGCGACGGGCGGUGUCAGCCACUACUUUAAGGUGCUCGAGCUCCUCGACACGGCGCAGAACGACUGGCCUGCUCUACUGUCACGUUUAGAGGCCAUGCGCUCGAAGAUCCUGCAGCGGGCGUCGUCCGCGACCGUGGUCAAUUUGACCGGAGACAAGAAGGCCCUGGACGCGGCCUCUGCACAGCUCGGAAGCUUCUGCGCCCAGUUAUUCGGUCAAGGAACAUCCUCGGACGUCCCGGACUGGUCCUCGCUAUCUUCGCUCGUCGCCGUAAAGCCGAACGAGGCAUUCUCCGUGCCGACGCAAGUGAACUACGUGGCCAAGGGCGGCUCUUUAUAUAAGCCUGGUGAGACGACGUCGGGUGCCGACUCUGUGGUGCGACGCUUCCUGUCGCUCGACUACCUCUGGAAUCAAGUUAGGGUGCAGGGCGGCGCGUAUGGCUCGUCGGCCUCCUCGAACCCGAUCUCGGGGUCCUUCGUCUUCUCUUCGUACAGAGAUCCUAAUUUGAAAAAGACGCUUGAUACGUAUGAUGGCGCUGCGACGUAUUUGAAGGACCUCAAAGUCGACGACGCGGAGCUGACGAAGGCCAUCGUGGCGGCCAUCGGGGAUUUAGAUUCUCCCUUGGGUCCGGACCAGAAGGGCAUGGCGUCCUUGAGACAUUAUUUACAAGGCACGACUCUGGAACAGCGGAAGAAGUGGCGGUCGCAAGUCUUGAAUGCGUCGCCUAGUGAUUUCCAGCGGUUCGGUGAUAGGUUGGCUGCUUUAGAUGCGACUGCUGCCUGCUUCGCGUCGGCCGGCGGCAUCGACGAGGCGAACGCGGACGGCGCGGCGCUGACGGCGGAGAAGCUGCUCUAGGGUGGCGGUCGGUCGUUGGCCCGGGAGUAGUAAC